AACGGGGGACAACAGGGAUUCACGCGGGGUUAAUGGGGUCCGGCAGCCGCCGAGCCCCGGUUGCAGGGGCUCCCCGAAGCACCCCCGGUGCCCCACCUCCCGCGACGCCCGGGGCGGGGUUCCCGUGCCCCCGCCCCCGUGACGUCACUUCCAGCGGGCGGUGCCGGGCCCGGUGCCGCCGGUACGGGCCGGGGGUGCGGGAGGCGGAGCGCGGCGCCGCUCCCGGUUCCGCUCACCGUCCCGGUUCCGAUCCCAGUCCCGAUCCCGGUCCCGGCGCGCCAUGGUGGUGCUGCGGGGCGGCGCGGGCCCCGAGGAGCCGUUCCCGAGGAUCGAGGACUGCCUGCCCCUGCUGGAGGACUCCCCGUCCAAGCGGUUCUCGCCGUCCAAGAGGAAGCAGUACUACAUCAACAAAGCCAUCCGCAACUCCGACCUCAUCCCGCGCGCCAAGGGCCGCAAGAGCCUCCAGAGGCUGGAGAACACUCGGUACCUGAUGACACUUCUGGAGCAGGACGACUGCGGGAGCGACGAGGGAGAGCUCAGCCACUCGGCCACCCCCAGCAUCUUCACCGAGGCCUGCAACAAUGAGACCUACGUGGAGAUCUGGAACGACUUCAUGAACCGCUCGGGAGAGGAGCAGGAGCGGGUCCUGCUCUACCUGGAGGAGGAGGCCAGGAAGAAGCACAGGAGGAAGCUGCCUGUCAAGAAUGAAGACAAGUGGAAAGAGCUGCCAGCCUACACCCCCCAGGAGUGCUUCCAGCGCAUCAGCCGCCACCUGCGCGCCACCCUGAAGCGGGGCCGGAUCCCCAUGGGCACGCUGGAGGGGCUGGAGGAGGAGCUGCUGGCCUUCUUCUCUGUCACCCCCCACUCUGUCUACACGGCUCUGAUGGAUAACAGCUUUGAGCGGCUCCUGCUCCACGCCCUCUGCCAGUACAUGGAUCUCGUCUCUGCCAGUUCGGACAUCGAAGGGAAGCGUCAGAUGAAAGUGAGCAACAAACACCGCGUGUUCCUGCCCCCGGAGCUGCUGCUCUCAGACUACCUGGGGCAGAUGAGCUGAUGCCCCCGCGGCUGCCCUGCCCCUCCUGCAGCCCCUCCCGGACCUUCCUCGGCCUUUCCCCCCCGCUCCAGCAGCCGCUCCAGGCCGGGGGUGCGCGGCCGUGCCCUGGGGUGCGUGCGGGGAGCGCGGCAGGCGCCCCUCGCCCUCCCCGCUCCCCUCACAACCCUCCUGGAACUCUCUUGUGUGUUUAUUUAUAACCCAGGUGUUUUUAAGAAUAAUCAGGCGGGGCCAGCCUCGCCGCGGCGCUGACGCUGGCGGGGCCAUGUCGGUCCGGAUUUUUCCGCAUGUCGGUGCGGAUUUUUCCGCGGUGAAGCAGCUCCCGGCGGCUGCUGAGCCACGGCUGAGGCGGCGGCAGAGCCCCGGGGCUGCCGCGUUCCCGCAGCCCCGAGCCCGCCAGGGGCGUGUGGGGAUCUCCGGGUGGUUUUUUUUUACCCCCCGCGCCCCUGUGCCCUGCCCGCACCACGGGGCUGGUUUUUAAGUGUAAUAUAGCUUGUGUUUUUUAUCACGUGUGUGGGUAUUUACAUGUGUGUGUGUGUGUGUGUGUGUGUGUGUGUGCUGGAGGGGUGCAGCCCGCUUUGGGGCUCUGCUUUUCCACAGCUGCCCCCCCCCCAAAAAUGGGGCGUUUCGGGGGUCGCUGUGUGUGCCCCCCCGUGUCGCUGGCGUGUGCCAAGGGUUGCUGUGUCCCGCGAUGCCACCGAGUGCCAUUAACCGUGGGCACCCCCAGACCCUGGGGAGCCCCUCGCGCCUCCUUCGCCGCUGUGGGCACGUUCAGGAACAAUAAAAACGGUGCUCCCCUGCUCCGG